AUGUUUCAGAGCCUUGUUGGGAAACGAGAACGAGUGGAUUUCGCCAAUACUGUCAUCAAGUAUGACCGAAGAUUCAAGACCUCAAAACUUGACAUGCUUCUCACCGCUAAACAUCUUACGUUAAUUGGACGCGAGAAGUCGAAGAACAAAGCUGAUAAGGGUCAGCUGAUUGAGGUUGUAAAGAGGCAGAUCGAUAUCGGCCACAUACUCUCGAUAGGUCUUUCACCCUACCAGGACGACUUUGUCAUCAUUAAUGUGCGCGAUAACUAUACCUCGUUGAUAGAGACGCCAUUCAAGACGGAGUUUAUCACCUCGUUGAGCAAACACUUCAAAGAGCGAACUCGUGGUGGAAUACUCCAGUUGGAAUUCGCCACCAGCCAUACAAUCGUUUUGAAGAAGACCCGAUUUGGUGGCGGUACAAGGACCGUUCAGUUCCAUUUGUCUGGUAGUAGCGCUCAAUGCGAACUGAAGCCGACCGGCAAAGUACUGAACGACCAUCCAUGGAAAGGCCGAGCACCGGCUAUCAACGGACGAGUUGAUCGCCUUCGAACGUCAACACGAAAAACGAAUCGGACGGCUCCUCCUGUCCAGGCUGUUCAGCAGAUGAACCUUUCCCACGGAAUAACGAACGAACUUCCUGCGUCAGUAGUUGAUCGACGACCAUCGGCGCAAAGCGGCCAAAGUCAAGUUUCCAACGGAAACCCAACUCGUUACGGCGGCGUUCCGACAGCCUUCGUUCCGAAUGCCCAAGUGGAGCUCAGAGCGACUGACAUCCGGCCAGCUCCAAGACCCAACAAACCAAAGCCACCUGCAAAACCUCGCCUGUAUCCGGUAGUCACAGCCAUGUACGACUACGAUGCUCAGGACACGGACGAGUUGUCGUUUUCUGCUAAUGACGAAAUUGAGCUCAUGCAAAAACAUGAGUCCGGAUGGUGGCAAGGAAAAAUCGGCACCAAAAUUGGGCUGUUUCCAGCCAAUUAUGUACAGGAAUAG